CGAGUCGACAUUCGCAUAGAAGCCUCAGCAGGCGACACGCGAGAUCCUUGACGCUCUUGCCCACGCGCAUUUGUUGCACCGUGAGAGUGACGAUGCAACACCGGUAGGCGGUAUAACGUGAUUGAUAUAAACCGGACAUUUUUAUUUUAUAGUGAAGUGAAUUCUGUUUAAACAUGGGUUUAGACUUUUUAGAACAUGGAGCGGACUUCGAAGCCGCGAUUUCGGCGACCGGUUUCGGCCGUUUCCAUUUCUGCCUACUGGCAGUCACAGGCUUGAUUUACGCCAACACGGCUAUUGGAAUCACAAUCGUAUCAUUCGUGCUACCAGCCGCAACAUGUGACUUCCGUAUGUCAUCUGCUGAUAAAGGCUGGCUCACAGCUGCACCUAUGUUAGGUAUGGUCAUCGGUUCAUACUUUUGGGGUUGCUUGGCCGACACUAAAGGGCGAAAAGUUGUGUUAGUAUCGACACUACUGCUGGACGGAUUCACCGGCAUUGCCUCUUCGUUCGUACAAAUCCUACCCAUAUUUAUGGCGUGUAGAUUUAUCAAUGGAUUUGCAGUAGCAGGCGCUAUGGGUAUCUGUUUCCCAUACUUGGGUGAAUUCCAACAGACCAAAUACAGAGAGAAAAUCUUAUGUUGGAUGGAAAUGUUCUGGACCCUCGGUGUUAUCUUAUUACCACUGAUUGCGUGGGGCAUCAUCCCCAUCCAGGGCAUUCGUAUCGAAAAUGGAAGCUUCUCUUAUGACUCGUGGAACUGGUUCGUGGCGGCCUGCGGCGUGCCUUCUCUCAUGCUGGGCUUCUGGCUUUUCUCGUUCCCCGAAAGUCCUAAGUUCAUGAUGGAGUGCGGCGACUACGACGAUGCCCUCGCGUGCCUCAAGAGCAUCUACAAGCAGAACACCGGAGACGAUCCUGAUAACUACCCUAUCAAGAGUCUAAAAGAGAAAGUUCGAACUAUAUCCGUGGCAUCGCAAAGCUCUCAGAAAUCAGUACGAAGCUUGAGCAUGCGUAAGCCCAAGGACCUGAAACGACUAUUUAGCGAGAUUUGGACCCAAACCAAGGCUCUAUGCAGACCUCCCUACCUCAAAUAUACAAUACUCACUUGUCUCAUCCAGUUUGGCUUAACUACAAGCUACUACACUCUCAUGAUUUGGUUCCCUGAACUGUUUAACCGUUACGAAGAGUUCGAGCACCGCUUCCCGAACACCUCUGCGUCGGUGUGCGACGUGUCCAGCAUCGUCGUAAAAGACGAGACCAGCACCGACCCCUUCGAUUGCGAGAAGAUCAUAGACCAGAGCGUGUACACGCACACAUUGAUUGUGGGCCUUGCUUGUAUUCCAACUUCUCUGUGGUUGCCUCUGUGCGUUCACAAGCUUGGAGCUAAAUUUUUCCUCAUUUUCUCAUUAAGUUUUGCUGGUCUCGUAACCGUCGGUCUGUACUUCGUGCAGAACUCAAUUCAGAACUUGGUAUUGUCCUGUAUCUUCGAGGCCCUCACUUCGCUCGCCAUCAGUCUUGUGUUCUGCGUGCUUGUCGAUCUGUUCCCAACGAAUCUUAGGGUAAUGGCUGCCGCACUUUCACUGACAGCUGGUCGAGGCGGAGGUCUCAUAGGCAACUUGUCCUUCGGGUAUCUGAUUGACAUAAACUGUGUCAUACCCAUCGUCGUAUUUUCAGCAUUCCUGUUUAUUGCUGCCGUUCUCUGCUUCUUCUUGCCAAAGACAGGACAAGAGGCUCUCGACUAAUACCAAGUGUUUACUCAGAACUAGAUAGUAUAAUUAGACUGUCAUGUAGAGAUCACAAGUGGGUGUACAUAAUAAGAUGUAAAUAUGUGGACUAAGUAUUCUAAUUUAUUGUCCGUAGUAUGUACGCGUCGAGGAUGACGUCACGUCCGUUACCAUUUACUGUGAUUCAGUAUUCAAAUGUAUUGAAAGUAAGAUUGAGCAGUAUUUUAGAGUUGACUGUGUAAUAUAAUGUCCUUAAAUUAUUAUUAUUGUUAUUAAAGGUUAAUUUUCUUUCCUUAAUUAAAUGUUUUAUUUAUC